GAAAUGCAUGGAAAAGUUGCAAAAACUAGCUCGUCGCACCUUAGUGGCACUGCUGAAACCAAUUGUGAAUAAUUACUUAAAGCGCAAGGAGUUUCAUCAAAUAUGUCUUGAAGAGAUGCCCUGGAGGUCUCAGAUGAAUAUCUAUCUGGCAGUUGCACACUACAACUUAUUUAAAAAGGAACUAGGAGAGCAGUAUAACAUUGGAAUUUGUGGUUCACAGCAUCUGGACAGUUACAAUAUUUUGGAUCCUGAAAUAUUCUCAUUAAAUAAUUCUGGCACUGUAGUGGUGAGAGAAGCCAUAGAGAAUAAUGUGAGAACACCAACUUCUCCUCUCCUUAAAACGUCAGGAAUGACCAAAAACCAAACUUAUAAACCUUCUGAGCACAGCAUUAAACUGAGCGGAACAGAUCCUCCUCAAACUGAAAAAACAAACGAUGCAGAAACAUCUGUCUGUUAUUCCCCCAAAGAAUACAACCAGUUUCUGUCAAAUACCAUUUUGUUGGAGCAUUUUACAAAAAUCUUUUUGCAUUUAAGAAGAGCAGUGGUUCUUGCUCACCGUGGUGGCCACUGGACGUUGCUUCAAAAUGCCUGUCGAGAACUUUGGAACUAUACUCAAGAACUACAACUGAUUGCUAACCAUUCACAUUCCCAUAUGGAUGCAUUUCCCAUUACCAGGGAUUUUCUUAGGAACACCAUCUGGUUGCCAUUUUAUUUGGCAUCAGACGUGAUCAUUGAUAUGAUAAUUGAGCUACAAGCAAGCAGGUCUCUUAAGAUUGUGGAUCCUGAAGGAGACUUCUGCAUUCCCAGUUGUUUAGGAGGUAUUAAGGAUGAGAAUGGUGGUUCUAAUCUCCAUCCACAGUCUCCCCUGGAUGACGUGAACGUGGUUGACUUGAAAUGGAUAUGUAAUCUGAUUCUUAAAACAAUAGAAUUGUUAUACCAAAUGAAGAAGUGGGAAGCACUGGUACACAUAGCUGUACAGUUUAACAUACUAACACAAGCUGCUUUUAAAUACUGGUGUCAAGCCCUUGAUGAAACACUCAACAUUACCAAUGCUCUUAACAACUGGCAAGAGUUAGGUUUUCCAAAAAAUGCUACAGACUGUUUUGCAGUUGGAAGAUCGACUGAUAUUAGAGAGAAAUUUCUUUCUCGAGCUGGAGUUUGGGGAUGUUUGCAUGCAGCAGUCUUAGUGGCUAAGAUAGCUCAGUAUGUAACAACAUCAAAGAGGAGAUUAAGAACUACAUACUGCUGUUUUUCUGCUAUACUUUUUAAGACCCUGUUUAGUGCUUCUCUUCCUCAUCCGACAUCUGACUGUGACUUUGCACAAUAUGAAACAAAUAUGCUUAUUCCUGGUAUCGACUUGUUCUCUGAUCGCUACAGAGCAGAUAUCUCUACUGUAGUUGCAAGUCUGAAUUUCGUCAUGUUUGAACUACAUUGUGCAAAACACAAUUUAAUAAUUUUACCAUUGUUCACAUUAUACCAAUACAUUGUUUCUGAGAUUUGUAAGGACCCAGCUAGAUGUAUUGAAGGAAGAAUCUUCAAGAUUAAAGUACUUACAGAUAUAGGAUUUUUUACCGAGGCCUUUAAUGAAUUGUCUUUGCUUAACUGUGGAGAGAGAAUUCCAUGGAAAAUACCUGCAGGAUACAGAAAAAUUGAACAAAUGAAGGCCUUACAGAAAUUUGACUCCUCAAAAUCUCUCCUGACUGUUACGAAUUUACAGGUACUGGAAGACAUCUUUAAUGGGAGUCUGUCUUUAACAAUGGUGCCACUGUGCAAUCAACAAAUUAUGAAUAAAUUAACCUUAGCCAAAAUGCAUUUCAUCAUUUGCCUUUCUGCCACAAUAAAUAAUAUACCUGAAAAAGUGGAAAAACACGUCUAUUCUGUUGACAACAACUUGAAGGAGCAAAGCAGUAUAACAACAUUAGAUGUAGAAGUUGAUGCUGAUAACAAUUCAAGACAACAGGAACGAAGAGGCACAAUGGUGCAGCUCGUUGGCUGUAAAGAUGAACUAAAUAUGGCCAUGCUGAAGGGAAUUUUAUUGACAGAAGCUGAAGAAAGUCUCAGCCAUCUUGUGCAGAACAUACAGGACAAAUAUGAUGGGGAGAUAUCUCAGUGUUCUGCUGAAGAUUUAGAGGCUCUUAUUGAGGCCAAACUUGAGCUGGCUGCUAUUUCUCAGCAAAGAUACCAAGCAGCUUUCAGUGUUGCUUUGGCUUUCUCUGCAAUUCGACUUCUCCAAGAUGCAAAAAUUUUUAGGAUGGAAGAGACACAUUUUCAAGAAGAAAAGGAUGAAAGGGAGUGUUUGUGCGAAAGUGACUUCUUAAGAAUGGUAGAAGAAAAUGAUGUGGCUGAACGCAGCAGUGUGAUAAAAGAAGUAAUACUAGAGGCAGAAGCCUUUGGUGAUACUGAGACUCAGGCUGAAAUGAUGGUGCAAGCUGCUAUUCUUGACCUGCAAGAAAAACAUCCCGUGGCAGGCAUUAAACUUCUUUUGCAGAUUUUUGUUUGUGGAGAACCCAUUGAACGGCAAAUAGAAGACAGUACAUUGACUUGCCUCGUCCUACCUACAAAAAAUAUCUACUUGCCACAUAUCAACUUGCUAGCUCAAGUCAAAAUGAGAAUUGGACGCACAUUAGCUGAAAAAGCAGCUUGUACGUCUGCGAGAGGAGAUCCACUGCAAUGGCUGUGUGCUCUCAAACAUUUAGAAUCAGCAUUGAAGCUUUGCAGAGCAUCUGCAACAAAAAAAUUAGAUAUGGAAGCUGAACUUCUUUUUCAGAUAGGUAAGGUAGAACGCCAGAUAACUGAAGCAGGGCAUAACAAGUCAUCUCGAGCUGUUGAAACCCUGUUGGAAGCUAUAGAACUCAGCCAGCAACAUGAUCAAAACUUUGCGUUAAUAAGAAGAUCAUACCUUGAAAUAGCACUAUUAUAUUUGCAUUUUGCCACAAAUAAUGAGGAUGUGUCACAGACUGAUAAGAUGAUGCCUUCCAAAUCAAACAUCUCUUCUGGAGAGCGCUCUUCUCCUGAGAAGGCCCUGAAAUCAGAAGGCUACAAAGUACAAGCCUGGAUGGCCAUAAGAGCAGCUACACAGGUCAGUGAAUCUGUGCUUGCUUCUCAGCUAUUAGUUGGAAUGAAGAGUGUUAAAGAACACAGCAUGAAGGAUGCAGUGCAACAGAAAAUCCCAGAAUUCGCUUCCAUGGAUCUUCUUGCUUCAUACAGAGAUUUCUUAUCUGAUGGAUACAAUGUUGUCUCUGAAAGUCCCAAAGCAUCUUCUACUGAAAACAAACAACUCAUACAAGACAAGGAGAGCCACAGUGAAGGAACAGAAAGUCUUACCACCAAGGCCAGCUGGAAGAAAGAGAUAAUGUCUCUUGAAAUUACUGGAAUUCCAUCAAAGAUGUCACAUGUGAGAACAGGUUCUCAGGUUGCUGUCAUCGCAGAAGCAGACAGUCAGACGGAGAGUAGGGCAGCAAAUGCUUCAACCAAGGAAAUUAACAUUCAGUGGUACAUUCCUCCUCUGGCAAAGCCAUCAAACGACACAGAGACUAAGAAGAAAUUAUCUACUCUGAAGCAGCAAGUUGAAAUGUUGAUACCAAUUUCUAAAAGCUUGUUUUCAGCUUCAGAACCUACAAGUUUUUUUGAACAAAGUGAAACUUUGGAAAGAAUUCCUUCAAAAGAACCCAAAAUGAAUGUUGCAAAAGUGCAUCUUGAUGAAAAAACCCAAGAAAUGGCUAAAAGGUGUUUAUCUGAAGUCAAAGCACUGCUGUCUGUUGUUCCAGCCCUGUCUGUCCCAUUAACUGAGAUCCCAUUUGAUGUUACUUUGCAAUCAAUAGCAAGUUUGGAAGAUAUGUUUGAUCCUGCCAAUGGAUGU